AUGUUCAAAAUUGUUGAGGCUAUCAAGCUCGCGUUCACUCAAGAAGAACUAGGAGUUCUGCGAGAAGCACUUACACCAUUGUCAGAAUCUUUUUUUUUCGGUAAAGCCGCUGAAAAAUAUCUAUCUGAGCUUACUGCAUCGGAAUCAUUCACAGAAUUCAAGGUCACCGUUGAGAUGAAGUUCCCAUAUAGAGACGAAAUAGCAAAUUACAGUUACAUUAAGAACCCGGAUAUCGAUUUAAUAUGGAUGUAUGGUAGGGUACUCUGGCGUCAGUUUGAGAUCACACCGGUCUUAAAGAAUAUUCCAGAACGCCAAUGGACAAUUAUGGUUGUGGAAAAGCACUUUGCAACGGCUUUGGCUAGUAUACCGGAGUGUUUUUGGGAACCGAACGAAAAAAGAAUUUGGCAAACUCUCGAGGCAAAACCGUAUAAAAAAUAUGCAGAUGGAAUCUUUACAUGUGAAGCGACAAAAAUGAUUUUUUUUAUUCUAGAAGUGAGUGGAGGACCAGGGGGUGCACCUGGAUCAAAGCUACAAGGUGAUCGUGAAAAAAUCAUGAAAUGUUUUACAUACUUGUUCGACAAGAUGUUGAGAAAGCUCGGCCCCGUUUCCGUGGACGAUUGCAAUGGAAUUUCCUUGUGGGCGGGACAAGUUUCCUAUGAACAAUGUACGAUAUUUAUAUGCUUCAUUGCAAGUCCCCAGAAAUAUGUUAUUCAAGAAAUAAAGACCAUUGACCUUAUCACGUCAAGCAAUCAACUGUACAUGGCAGAAAUGUGGAUAAGGUUGCUUGGGCUCAUCCGAUAUAACAUCACCAAGAGCAUCCACAAGUAUCGGCAACUUCAACGCCAAUCAAGCCUUCAAAAUGACAAAUCACUAUAUAUUAAGACCAAUCUUUCUCCAAAUAAGAAGCAGAAGCUCUCCGACUCAAGAGGGGACGAAGAGCCAGUCAAUAAUGACUGUUGGCCUCUUGCCUUUACACUUCCCCUAAGCGUGAAGAACGUUAGGUUAGGCGGAUGGGGGUGUCUGCCAUCACUGUUCUCACUUUACUUUCAACAAUCUACCACACUAUCGGUUGAACAAGGGUACAGAGUCACCAUUAGCUCUUCCGUCGCGUUGGUUGCCAAACUUUC